AUGGUAGGAGCAGAAUUAAUUUGGAAGAGCAUUUUUAAAGAAGUGAAUCAAGAACAAGGCUGCUGUGAUAUGCAGGAGAUUCAUUCAAUGUGGAACACAGAGAAAGGAAACCAGUCAUCCAUCACAGAAUUCCUCCUUGAGGGUUUUGGAAAUGUCCCAGAAUUGCAGCCUCUUCUGUCCUUGUUCUUCCUAAUUAUUUAUCUUGCAACAGUGACUGGGAAUCUCCUCAUUAUAUUGUUAGUUAUAGCUGACCAUCACCUUCACACCCCCAUGUACUUCUUCCUGGCAAAUUUGUCCUGCCUAGAGACCUGCUAUAGUUCAAUCAUUUUACCCCAAAUAUUGGUCAAUUUGUUCAGUGGUCAGAAAUCUAUUUCUUUUUCUAGAUGCAUGACCCAAUUUUAUUUGUUUGGCUCUUGUGUUGGUAUAGAGACAUACCUCCUGGCUUCCAUGUCCUUUGACCGCUAUCUGGCCAUUUGUAAGCCUUUGCUCUAUGCAAUUAUUAUGAAUAAAAGACUGUGUUUUCAACUUAUAGUUGCAACAUGGACAAGUUCUAUGAUGGGUAAUGGCAUUUUGAUGUGUUUGAUGGCUCAGUUAUCCUUCUGCGGACCCAACAUUAUAGACCAUUAUUUCUGUGACUUCUUCCCUAUGGCAAAAUUGUCAUGUAGUGACACAAAACUGCUAGAACUUGUUACCUUCAUCUUGACUUUUCCUUUCACCAUUGCACCAUUUCUACUCACUCUCAUAUCGUAUUUUUGCAUAAUUGAAAAUAUUCUAAAGAUAUCUUCAACUACUGAAAAGCGAAAGGUUUUUUCAAACUGUUCCUCUCAUCUCAUGGUGAUUGGAAUUUUUUACAGUACAGUAAUCAUUGUCUACAUGUUGCCAAAUAUACCAAUUUUGAGGCAACUCAAUAAAGUUUUCUCUGUUUUCUACACAGUAUUGACACCUCUGAUUAAUCCUCUGAUCUACAGCUUAAGAAACAAAGAAGUUCACAAAGCCUUCAAAAGACUGGGGUGCAAAAUGAUACAUUUUAAAGAUUUUUAG